CAAAGUAACACGUGCAUAGUAGAAGAAUAAAUGCUAUUAGAAUUAACAUUUUAAAUAUGGGUUUAACAAAACAAUAUUUGGCCUAUAGAGCUAUAGAUAGCUUCAACAUUAUAACCAGUGGUCGUUCCAAUAUAAAUUUUGUUAUAUACAAUAAAAUUGAAGGCCGGUAUGUGGUAUCCGCCGCCGCUGAAAAUGUUAUUCUAUGGGAUUUAAGACUUGGUGAACGUGUCCUCACAUUACGCCGUGAUAAACAAGAAGUGACCGCUUUAAGAGUUUCACCCGAUCGUCUGCAUGUCGCUGUGGGCUAUAAUGAUGGAGUGGUGGAUAUUUUCGAUUUAACUAAUCCUCAGCAAUCGUUAUGCUCAUUGGCUUUGCACAAAAGUGCUAUAUCCAUUUUGAGGUACGACGAACAGGGCAUACGUCUGGUGUGUGGUAGUCUGGAUUGUGAAAUGGUUGUGGUAGAUGUAGUGGAACAAGCUGGUCGCCAACGUUUAAUAGGCCACAAUGCUCCCGUAACUGAUGCGCAUUUUAUGGAGCGCUUCAAUGAGCAGAGUAUAGUGGUUAGUUGCUCCAAAGACACACAGAUUAAGUUUUGGAAUUUGGAGACACAAUUCUGUUUUAAAACAAUUGUGGACAAUCGUACCGAAGUUUGGGCUUUGGCUUUUGUUGGCAAUCUCAUGAUGGCCGGCAAUGGUGAGUCCACCUUGAAUGUUUAUCGCAUAAAGCCUAGAGAUACACAAGCUGAGCAAGCGAUUGAAAUGGCUGUCGAAGGUUUAACUAUAGACGAUGAGGACACCAUUAGCCCCAUUUCGGUGACCAAUUGUGGUGUUAUACAAAGGGCUGGAAAAGGCAGAUGUGUGAAUUUGGUAGCUGAUGCCUCCGAAAGAGUAAUCUCAUGCCAUGGCACCAAUGAUCUUAUAGAAAACUUUUAUAUAUGCUCCGAAGAAGAGGCCAAAAAACGUUUAGCCAAACGUUUGAAAAAGGCGCGAAAGGCCGAGGACAAUGAUCUGGAGGCAGAUGGUGCAAAAGAAUUAAGUUUAUCAGAUGAAAUUAAACGUUUGGAAAGCAUUAAAGUAAAACAAAAAAUCAAAUCCAUUGACAUACUGCUGGGAGCCAGAGAUGAGUUAAGAGUGUUGGUUAGCUUGGCCAACAACACUAUACAGCUGUAUAGCCAAGAGGCCAGUUUCAAACGUCAGAAGUCGGCCAAAGAGGAAACAGUUAAGCUCUUGAGAUCCAUCAACAGGCAGGGCCAUCAAUCAGAAGUGAGAAGUGUUUGCUUUAGUUCCGAUUCUUUGGCCAUAGGAUCUGGUUCCGGGGAAUCAUUUAAAUUCUGGAAUCGCGAUUCUAUGCAGUGUCUGCGUACUGUAGCUUGCGACUAUGUGUUAUGUUCUGUGUUUGUUCCGGGCGACAGAUAUAUUCUGCUGGGUCUUAAAUCGGGAAAGCUGCUUAUAGUAGAUGUGGGCUCUGCCGAUGUGGUUGAAGAAAUCCCUGCCCAUGACAAUGAAUUGUGGUCGAUUGCCUUGUUGCCCGACCAAAAAGGUUGCGUUACCGGCAGUAGCGAUGCCACUGUGAAAAUUUGGAUCUUCGAAUUAAUAGACAGUUCAGAAGAAGCCAUGGAUGUGGAUGAAGAAGAGAACGUGAGUAAACUGAAACACGGCAAAGUACUGUCGCUACUGCACAAAAACACUUUAAAAUUGGAAGAAACCGUUCUGUGUGUUAAGAUCAGCCCAGAUAUGAAAUAUUUGGCCGUUGGCCUUUUGGAUUCCACGGUAAAGGUGUUCUUCUUGGACACUUUUAAAUUCUACCUCUCCCUGUAUGGACAUAAACUGCCUGUAUUGUGUAUGGAUAUUUCCUAUGACUCCAGUUUAAUUGCCACUGGUUCCUCGGAUCGCAAUGUAAAGAUUUGGGGUCUGGAUUUUGGUGAUUGUCAUAGAUCGUUGUUUGCCCAUGACGACUCUGUCAUGGGUCUGCAUUUUAUACCCAAUACCCAUAUGUUUUUCACCUGCGGCAAAGAUGGCAAAAUCAAACAAUGGGACGCAGAUACCUUUGACAAAAUCAUUACACUGCCUGGUCAUAUUGGAGAAGCUUAUAGUCUGGCUGUAAGUGCCAAUGGACGAUUUUUGGUGACUUGUGGGUCAGAUCGUUGUUUAAGGCUGUAUGAGCGUACAAGUGAGCCCAUAGUUUUGCAAGACAUACAGGAGGAAGAGCGAGAGGAAAUUGAAAAUCAACAAUUGGCCACGGGUGAAGAUCAUGCAGUACCCUUAUUGCCUGGCCUGAAAUUGGCUUCAAGAAAAACCGUGGGUUCCGAGAAAGCAGCGGAGUCUAUAUUAGAAUGUUUGGAAAUAUGCAAACAAUACGAAGUGGAGGAAGAUGAAAAACCAGAAUUGCAUCCCUUGAUGCGUGCCUUAAAUGUUAAAAACCCCCAAGACUUUAUCUUGGCUACAUUAGCUAGAAUUCGUGCUUCCGAUCUGGAGGAGUCUUUGUUGUUAUUGCCAUUUUCGAAUGUGUGCGAGCUGCUGGAACGACUACCCGCUGUAUUGGCUCAGCGUUCCGAUGAAAUUGAAUUGCUGACCAAAGUCACCAUGUUUCUAUUUAAAGUCCAUAUGAAGCCUAUAACGGGAGCAAAACACAUGAAACCAUUGCUGGAGAAGUUGAUAAAAUCUUUGAAACGAGAUGUGAGUGCACUGAGAGAUGUGAUUGGCUUAAAUUUGCAUAGUUUAGCGCUGAUACAACACGACAUUGAGGAACGUGAAGGUGUGGCACUCUUCCACGAAGCCACACAAGAGAAGAAGAAGCGGGAUAAGAAACGACGUGAAGGCAUUAAACGACAGCUUAUACAAAUGGCAUAAUGAUUUUUAGAUUAGUUAAUAUAUAUAUGCAUAAAAUAUAAGAAAAUACAAUUGUAAUUGUUUAAAUCAUUUAAUUACAUAAAGAGAGGAGAAUUUUUUUUGGAUAUGUCAUUGAGGAAGUUGCAUUUAAAA